ACAGGUCAACACUGCGCAUGCGCAGAUCUGUGGCAGGUUUACACGAGUUUUAUUUUCAGCCUUUUUCGAGGGGGGACGACGGGUUACACCGGCCGCGGUCGAGCCUCUAGUGACACUACGACAAUGCUUGUAUGUCACUGCUGGAGGUAGAAGAGGAGCGGACACCGGAGGAUUUAACGGUUUAACGGUGACACGUGAGAUGUCGCUGCUUGACCAAAGCCAGGCUAGCUCAAGCUAACGCUAGCUUAGCUUAGCUUAGCUCGUAGCUAAAGCAGCUCUGCGUAAUCUUUGUUAUCUUCAUUCAUAAAAAACCAGCGCAGACACGUGACGUAGCAGCCCAUGCUAGCUUCAUGUGUGUGUGUGUGUUUGGACAUGCGGUGCUGAUUGAUGCAUGCUAGCUGUUAGCUGUUAGCUGUUAGCACUACACUCGUCUUGUUUUGGGGUGCUGACAUGGCCUCCAGCGGGUACUCGGACCUGCGGGAGAAGCUGAAGUCCAUGACCCCGCACAGGGACGAGGUGACGCACACGCACACGCACGCAGACGGGGCGAGUAACGGGAAGGGACGCAAUAAUAAACGCAAACUGCGGGAGUCCGACGACGACGAGCACAGCGAUGACAGCGCGGAGAGCCGGGAGCAGGAGGCCGGCCGGGUGAGGAGCAGCAUCCUGCAGAAGAACAUCUUCACCCCGGAGGAGUGCGUCCUCAUCGAGGAGAAGAUCGACGACGUGGUGUCCAAGGGGGAGGCCGGGCUGUACCGGGAGCACACCGUGGACCGGGCGCCGCUCCGCAACAAGUACUUCUUCGGGGAGGGCUACACGUACGGGUCCCAGCUGGAGAAGCGUGGGCCGGGCCAGGAGAGGCUGUACCGCAAGGGAGAGGUGGAUGACAUCCCCAGCUGGGUGCACGACCUGGUGAUCAAACCCCUGGUGGACAGUGGAGUCGUGCCGGAGGGGUUUGUCAACAGUGCAGUGAUUAAUGAUUAUCAACCAGGGGGCUGCAUCGUGUCACACGUGGAUCCUCUGCACAUCUUCGCUCGGCCCAUCGUGUCGGUGUCGUUCUUCAGUGACAGCGCGCUCUGCUUCGGCUGCCGCUUCCAGUUCAAGCCGAUCCGGGUGUCAGAGCCCGUGUUUGUGCUGCCCGUGAGGAGAGGGAGUGUCACGGUGCUCAGUGGCUACGCUGCUGAUGACAUCACCCACUGCAUCCGGCCACAAGACAUCAAGGCCCGUCGUGCAGUGAUUAUCCUUAGAAAGACCCGACCAGAUGCUCCCCGACUGGACUCUGAGAGCUCUUUACCUGUCGAGAGACCUGCUCCUCUGAAAGCCAAACGCUCUCAUCGCAGAUCAGAUCCUAAUGCUGCUCACAGGCCGCGGGUUCUAGAGAUGGACAAAGAGGAGAACAGACAUCCGUCGAACUCCCAUCACCGCCGCCACAGCAUCAGCUCCGAGGACAACUGGAGACGCGGUCAAGACUCCGACAAACACCGGGAGAGCUCAGGACGCAAAGUCAAAAUGAGACGCCACUGAGCACUUCUCUAUCACAUAUGUAUACAUAUAAAUAUAUAUCUUUUAUGUAUUUCACUAUUGUAAUAUUCUUUGAUCAGUUGUCAUUUUUCUCGCUCCUGUUUUAGUCCGGCACACGGAGCACAGUCAUCAUGUCGUCUGCAUUUUGAUUUUGAGUCCGAAUGAGUUUGAGUGCAUUAUUUGUUUGUGGCAGACGAAGCUGGCGUCUCGGCUUCACAGUUCAGAGCCUAAAGUUACUAACUCCAGUUAGGCUUCGUUAUGAAAUUACCUUUAAUUGAACAUUUCUUGUUUCUAUGUCCAUAGAUACUUCAAAACGGCAUGUAUUUUUUUGUAACCAAGAUGUACAGACCACAAGAGCUAAAAAAAAAAAAUAUGUAUGUAUGGAUUUGUACAAAAGAGAACCUGAGCUGUAAUCUAACUUGUUAUAAUGUACAAUACUUUUGUAUAGUCUUUGAUUGGGGGAACUUUUAUGCAAAAAGGAAACAUUUGCUUUUUUGCACCCACAUUUCUGAUCCCGGAAAUAAGUUCACUUUGACCUCCCUGUCGCAGUUUAAGUUGAAACAACUGACAGAUGUGCAGAAAUGCGUUUCUGUGUUAUGAUUUGAUUCUGGUUACAAUAUAGGGCAUCAACUAAACUAAUGUUUUAUGGAGUGAUGAAAAACUCAGGCCUUGUUUUACACUCCUGUUUCAGUUUGAAGUUGCUUACCUUGUAAACUGACAGAGGCCAUGUUAUUGCUGUUCUGUAUUAAAUCUAAUUUUUCCUCAUUUACACUGGUGAUAUUUGGAUCGGACAGAACAACACCAACCCUAUAAAGUCUCGUUUAGUGUGUGUCUAAACAUGUGGCUGAGAUAAACUCCAUAUCCGGAUGUAUUUGUCCUUGAGAUUAGCUGUAUAAACACAGAUUGGUUUCUCGUUCCCAGUCAGCCAUAUUUGGCGGAGGCACUUAUUAACUCACACGUAGGUUAGUCUGGAGGUACACGUGAACAAAAAUAAACCUAGGUUCAAAGAUGUUACUUUCUAAAAACAGGGUGAGUUUUGUUCACGGUUUUCUGAAGCUCUGCUAAAGUUGUGAACGUGAAUAUGAUUGCAAAAGUAAUAUACUGUCAGAGGCAAAUACUGAGGCUCUUCAAACUGAGAAUGGGACUUGGUACGACACAGAAGGCGGCUUCUUGGGUGUCACUGGUCAGGUGGUGGAAAAACAAACCGGAGUGUGUCACAUGUUAUUAGAGAGCUGUCUGGUUUCAAAUUUAAAUGAUCAUCAAAUAACUGGUCAUAGCAGUGAUGUAGUAGUCAAGACCACUCGUCUUGGAAUUGAUCUCAGGAUUCAGGAUUUUAUUUUAAGACCGAUCAAGACCACAACUGCUGGGAUAUUGCUAAACUCUCUGUGUAUUUUCUGCCUUAAUUAGUUACAUAUUACUGUUUUCUCCCCGUUAAAGUUUUUUUUUGUGCUGAUGUGGGGGCACCGGGAUAGAGGAUGUCAUAUGUGCAGAUUCUAAAGCCUUCUGUUGCAAAUUUGUAAUUUGUGAUUUUGGGCUAUACAAAAUUCAUUGAAUGGAAUUAUUACUCAUAACAAAGGAAAUUUCCACACGAAAUAUUCUCCUCUGCCAUGCCUUUUUGAUAACUUUAUAAAGACAUUUCUAAUGUACACAUAUACACAGUGUGUCUUCAAAAAACAGGUGAAUGAACGGAAUCUUAAUUUGAGUUCUGUUGGGUUUUUUUUGUGGGACUGUGAAUCUUUCAGAUGAAUCUGAGGAGAGCCGUUGUGGUUUGCAUGUUUUAUGUUUUAUCUGAGGUGUGUCAUGCAUUGUGGGACUUGCACUGGUCUUGGUCUUGACUUGCUCUUGCCCUGCCUUGCUCUCAAUCCCUCAAAGCCUUGUUCUUGAUACACUCGGUCUUUGUUUCGUUGGUUUUGACUUCAACACUCGGCUAUAUCAAAGAUAUGGUUCUCUUUUUUUUCCUCCAUUCUCGAUUACAAUAUAAUUCCUCUUUUCUGUUCAAGUUUGAAGUUUUGGGAAACACUGAUAUGGCUAGAAAGUGUCCACCUAUAUUAAAAUAAUACAGUAUUUACUGUAUAUUAUUCCCGGCAUGUUCUAUGUUUUCUGUCCACUUUGGUGAAUGUUGUGUCAUUCUUGUAGGUCACUUUGAGCAGGAAGGUCAGUAGAGAAGUCAUGCUGUCAUCGCAUUAAAAUCUAACAGAUUAUGGCUUUGAAAUAGUUGUUUUAUUGAUUUAUGUAAAUUUGCAUUUAUAGUAUCAUAAUAAUUUAAAUGGUGUUUUUCACUUAAGGUGAGAAGUCAAAGGGAAAUCAGGUUUUGACCUUUGCAAUUCAAUUUCUGUAUUUCUCUAAUAAUUCUUGCAUCUGUAUAUAAGUUUGUAUAUUAUGCAUC